AUGUCGCGCGCGAUGCGAAAGAUGCUCGAACCGAUGCUCAAGUCGAUGUCCGUCAACUACCGACGCACGGUGGGGGAUGAACUGCGGAAAUACGGCUUGCGAUACGACGAUCUGCUCGACGAGGGCCAAGACUUGGACGUCGGCGAGGCGCUGAAGCGGCUGACGGCGGAGGAGCGGGACAUGCGCGCGCAGCGGUUGAAGCGAGCGAUCGAUCUGUCGAUGAAACACUCGUAUCUGACGAAGGAGGAGCAGGCGACGCAGACGCCGUUUGAUUUUUACCUGACGCCGAUCGUGGAGCGGGUCAAGGCGGAGCGCGCGGAGCGAACCGCGCUGGGGGGGUCGCAACCGUAUAAUCGACAGAUUCCGUGA